CUCGUUCCCUGUUAUCGAUCUCGGCUUGCUCGUUCUACUCACCGGACCUGGGCCAUAUAACUACGCCACGACUCGCAGGAUCUACAGCAGGCAGCUGCAGCUGCAUCUUGGCCAUGUCUCUCGUCAGCGUCUUCCUCUCGCGCAUGAUACCUCUCGAGAAAUGGAUCUCUACUCUCUCACUAGGAAGACGACACGCUGCUUAUUUACUAUGCGCCGUCGUAGGCUGCCCCAUCGUCUAUCGUGUCCUCUUCUAUCCUCGCUUCUUCUCCCCGUUGCGACACGUGCCCGGUCCGCCUCUGGGCGAACCUAUCAUCGGCGCCUGCGCCCCCAUCUUUGCGAGGGACGCCAGGAGCCCUGCCGCGCGGGACUGGGUCAAGAAGUACGGGCCCGUCGUCCGCAACGUCGGCCCCAUUGGCAUCGAGCGCCUCUACCUCGUCAGCCCGGAACACCUGCACCAGGUCCUCGUCAGGGAAUGGACCGACUACGAGCGUCCGGAAUAUCUGCAGCAAAUCCUCGGGCUGGUGGCGGGGCACGGGCUCUUAACGACUACCGGGAAGGAGCACCGCGACAUGCGGAAGGCCAUGAAUCCGGCGUUCUCUUUGGUGGGCUUGGCGGGCCAGCUGUGCCUGUACUACGAGCAUAUCGAGACUCUGGUUCGCAUCUUUGACGACUUCAUCGGCGAUGCCGAGGGUGGGACUGUUCUCCCGACUUACGAGUGGUUGAGCAAGGUCACCCUCGACAUCAUUGCCGAGACGGCCUUUGGGUACAAGACAGAGUCCCUGCGCAACCCGGACAACGAGCUCGCGACGGCCUUUGGGAACAUGAUGGAUCUGCAGAAUGGGCCCAAUCUAUUCAGGGUUGUCACUUUCAUGUCCAUACCCGGCGCGGCGAGAUUUGUGGCGUCCGACUGGGCGUACGAGCAUCGGCGGUGGUUUUCAAGAAUUCCUUUUCUGGGACCUGCAGAGACGCUCAUCGAGUCGACGUACAAGAUACGCCGAAUCGCGGAAGAGAUUCUGCAGGAGCGCAUGCGCGAGGCUGCUGCGGUCGUUGCGUCCGACUCGGAAAAGGCAGCGAGGCGGGAUCUUAUGAGCAUUCUUGUGCGCGCGCGACAAGCAGAUCUGGAGAAGGACGACACACUCUAUGCGAUGAGCGACCAGGCGAUGGUGGAUCAGGUUCUCACCUUCCUCGGCGCUGGGCAUGAGACGACGGCCUCUGGGCUGGCUUGGACCCUCUGGCUUCUCGCGACCGACCAGGAAUCCCAGCAGAAGCUACGCGACGAGGUCACGCCUAUUCUGACCGCGAACCCACGACCGGAUUACAAGACGCUCAAAGACUUGCAAUGGUUGGAUUGCGUGGUCAUGGAAAGCCUUCGCGUGCUCCCUCCGGUCCCGCUCACCGUCCGCAAGGCGUACAAGACGGGUUUGAUUGGUGAUUUUUUGGUACCGAAGGGCACGUUUUUGCAUAUACCCAUUCGCGUCAUCAACACCUGGACGGAUAUAUGGGGGCCAGAUGCGGAGGAGUUCCGCCCCUCCCGCUGGCUCGACUCGCCGAAGUCGUAUAACCCGACGUUCUCGUUGAUGUCCUUCAUCGCGGGGCCGCACGGCUGCAUCGGGAAGACGAUGGCGCUCCUGGAGAUGAAGGCGGUGUUGGCACACCUCAUCGCCGCCUUCCAUUUCGAGCCGGCGUACGAGGGGCAGAAGAUCAGCCCUGCUGCAGCGAUUACGAUGAAGCCCACCGACGGUAUGCCCCUUCGCAUCAAGCGGGUGCGCCGGAAUUGAGAAGAUACCUGGUUUCUUUCCCUCGGUUGACGCGUUCCGACUGAGCUCGCUCUAUCUGGAUUCUUUACGCAACGGACACUUGGCCGUACAUACUGACGGAAUACUGGCAAGCUAUAUUUAUUCACAGUACAUACCUUUUACGACCUGGCCACGAUCUUCCAAACGAGGCGCACAGUCAAUCCACACUCAUCUGCCACAUUUAAUGAAUGACACGCCGCGAGGAGGGGACGCAGGUGCCAGCAGAUAGCACGCAGCAAUUGUGUCCAUUGCGUCCAUUGUGGCCAUCGCCACGUCGUAAGGUGGAAUCCAAUGAGUAGAACUACAACAAACAAUCCAGACAAGUAGAUCAGUAAGUACGAAUAAGA